UCAUCACUCUGAAAUUUCUGGUCACGUCAAGAUGUUUCAACAUCUCCCACCGAAAAUGUUGCAAGAGUUUUCGAAUCGUAGUGACAUUCUGAAGGAACAUUAUGGUAGCCAUAGGUUUCAGAAUGACAAUGACGUUAAGACAGUGAAAUGGCUCAAGUCUCAGUACCCCAAAUUUUACAAGAUGAGCAUCAAAAAACUAUUAAUCUCACGCUUAGACAAAUGCCUCAAUCGUCACGAACAUUACAUUAAAAAAGAUACAUGCCAUAAAACAAACAUUACAAUAAUGAGAAAAUUAAAUCUAAUUAUAAACGUACUCACAAAUCCGGAAAGUAACCAAGUGGAUGUAACAAAGUCAGAUUUAUUGCCAGAUUUCCAGCUGUCGACUACUGAGGAAUUUCUGAAAUUUGAAAAUGAGUUACAAACAGAUAGAGAAAUCCGAAAACAAUUUAAAAACAGGAUUGCAAAAAUUGGGGGCAAUUUAUAUGCUGGGAGAACACGUAAUAUAUUAAAAUUCGCCUUAUUAGACACGCUGUGUCAAAAAUUAUCGUGGACCGGACGGAAAGGAUUUCUGGCGAUCAAAGAAACAACAUUUGCGAAUAUUAUAAUAGAUUACGUAUCACACGUGGAUAAUUGCACUCACCAUCAAGUGCAAAAAAUUAUUCAAGAAUGGCUGCGGCACGCGGGAGAUCGUAUAAAUUACGCAAAAAAAAAAUAAUAUAUAUUAAUAUAUAAUAUCAGAGAGGAACCUGAGAGUGGCCACCGCGGCCUUUUUCGUGCGACCGAUAUUUGACUAGCAUCAGCGCCAAACGUGGAUGUAAAGUCUGUUUUACAUUAAUCGCAAGCAGCUAGUUGCGACUUGACAUCCAAUAGGCGCUUAGUUUCUAGUUAAAGCUCGACAUUUAUUGGGUGUUUCAAAUUGUAACUGGCGAUUGCAAUUAAUGUAGAACGGGCUUUACAUCCACGUUUGGCGCUAAUGCUAGUCAAAUAUUGGUCACACGAAAAAAGCCGCGGUGGCUCUCAGGUCCUCUCUGAUAAUAUAGUAUUAUUAGUUUUUUAUAAUGAUUAAGGUAAUGAAGUUGCAUGGGACGUCAUUUAAGAGCGGGAGGUUAUGAGUUCAAACCCACAUUCUACACGUAGAGUUCUGUUAAGUUAUAGUUUUUUUGAAAUCGUAUUAAUGAAAUCUGUUCUUAAAUAUCAUAAAAGUAUGCUCUAGUUUACACCGAGCACUUGGUACGCGUAUCAAGUAGUGAAUUUAAGCUGAUCAGCCAAUGAUUAAACACAUU